AUGCAUCUCUUCAAGCUGAUUCUGUUAUCGGUUGGGGUCGCCCGUGGCUGUGGGUCACGGCCUGGCCUCACCAAGUACGACUGCUGCACAUCCACCAUCAAAGCGGACAACCAUUUGUGCUCGGUCACUCAGGAGGCUCCGUGCGUCAUCGACGAGGAGACGGAGGCCGACCCCACCUGCAGCAACGGCGUGGCCAAGGGCGAUAUCUGCUGUUCGGCAGGUUGCGGCUACUGUGGUGGCUCCGGUUGCUCUGGGCGGGGCGGCCUCAGCGGAGACGAGUGCUGCACCAGCACGAUCGCCGCGGCCAACAAAUCUUGCGACGACCAGUCUGCCCCGUGCGUCAUGAGCGGCGGCAGCGACCUUGGCGACACCGCCGGCCAAACUACCGGCACAACAACAACUACCACCACCGUCUCAACCAGCGGCACGUCGUCGGUCGCCUCCACGGCCACAUCGUGUGGCGGAGUUGCCAAGGGUGCCUUCUGUUGCAAUGCCGGUUGCGGCACCUGCGGCGGUACUGGGUGCGGCGGUAGAGGCGAAGGGUGCUGCACGAGCGACGCCGCGGAGAGCCUGUGCUCCGCCACCGGAAAGUCUCCGUGCCUGAUGGAUUGUUGCGGCACCUGCGGAGGCACUGGAUGCGGCAUGAGAGGCGAAGGGUGCUGCACGAGCGACGCCGCGCUUAGCCUGUGCUCUGUCACCGGAAAGUCUCCGUGCCUGAUGGAUUCCGCGUCCACCGCCACUACCAUCACCGACACCACCACCGACACGACCAGCGGCAUCUCAGUGGCAGAUGCGACGGCGACAUCGUGCGACGGGGUUUCCAAGGGCGCCUACUGCUGCAACGCAGGGUGCGGCACCUGCGGCGGUACUGGAUGCGGCGGUAGAGGCGAAGGGUGCUGCACGAGCGACGCCGCGCUUAGCCUGUGCUCCGUCACCGGAAAGUCUCCGUGCCUGAUGGAUUCCGCGAUCCCCGCUACCACCACGGACAUCAUUGACAACACGGACACCACCACCGACACAACCGGUGACACCACAUCGGUAGCUUCCACCGCGACGUCGUGCGGAGGAGUCGCCAGCGGCUACUACUGCUGCAACGCAGGCUGCGGCACCUGCGGAGGUACUGGAUGCGGCACGAGGGGCGACGGGUGCUGCGCAAGCGACGCCGCGCUUAGCCUGUGCUCCGCCACCGGCAUGUCCCCGUGCCUCAUGGAAACCUCAUCCACCAGCACCACCACAACCGACACCACCACCUACACCACCUACACCACCGACACCUCUAGCGGAUCGGUAGCUUCCACGGCGACGUCGUGUGGAGGAGUUGCAAAGGGUGCCUACUGCUGCAACGCAGGUGCGUCAACGACGACCACGACGACCGUCGACGGGACCACCACCACUACCGACGGCACGACGUUCACCUCCACCUGCACCGACUACAGCAAAUCCACCGUCACAAUCGAAAUCAAGAACAACGUCCAAACUAGCUCCAAGAAGAACGGAGGGAAGAACUACAUCAGGGGAGGGGGAUGCGCCACCCUAACCGACAUCUACACCGCCCAGGGCGGGCAUAACGACGACGGCCCCCUCUUUGUGCUCGACUCGAACGACAAUGUUGUGGGCGGAAGCCCUACCGGGUACUGGUUGCUGAUGAGGGACAUCCAUGUCGAAGAGGACUCAUUGCUUCAGGUGCACGGGCCGGACGCUGGCGGAGACGCCAGAGUUCUGCGGAUCCAGUCUACCGCAUCGAAUGACUACUACGAGAUUCGCGGUCACGGAGGCAGCCUGUCUUUCAUGGACACCAAGGUCACCUCCUGGGACACCGACGAGAAGGAGGUGAACACCAACUAUAACAAGGAGAGGUCCUUCGUCAGAUGUGUCAGCGAGGAGCUUGCGGACAACCCGGACACGUGCGACGGGCAUGCAGUGAACCACAUGGGGGAGUGCAGGAUGGUCCGUGGUGACAUCAUCGACUCGAAUAUCUACGGCAUGUACUACGGCCACUACUCCUUCGGCCAUGACGGAGGAAUAUGGACUGGGAACCAGAUGCACGACAACGCUCAGUACGGCUUCGACCCCCACGACGACUCCGACAACUUGGAGAUCGCCUACAACACUGUUUGGGGGAACGGCAACCACGGCAUCAUCGCCUCCAAGCGCUGCAACAACGUCAAGAUCCACCACAACACCGUGUACGAUGGGGGGGAAGGCGCGGUCGGCAUUUUCCUCCACCGAAGCUCCGACGACUGCGAAGUCUGGGAAAACACUGUCUAUGACAUGGAGGAUGCAGGCAUGGCCAUCAUGGAGUCGAUGGGCGCUCAUAUCUACGACAACACUUUCACUAACGUCAAAUACGGCAUCCGACUCUCUGUCGGUGCCUCGCGCAACGUGGUGGAGAACAACAAGUUCUCCGAAUGCGACCAAUACGGCAUCUACACGUACCAAGGAAACGACGAGCCCGAGGCCUCCAAAGACUGGGACGGACUGUUGGUGGACAACACCUUCCAUGCCAACACUGUUGAGGGCGGCGUCAAGAUCCAGAAGGCCGAGGGAAUCGCCUUUACCGACAACAAGUUCUACGAGCACAGCAGCGGCGAGGAGUACCGAUUCGAGGAUUGCGAAGACGUCGUCUGGACUAACAACCUGGUCCCCGAUGGUAUCUGCCUCAAGGGAGACGACAACACCGACUACUUCAAGAGCUACGAUAGCCUGCCCGACACGUGUUAA